AGCGGCACGUGACCCCCGAGGAGAGCGGCACGUGACGUGUGAGGCCCAGGAGCAGCGCGAGGCUCACAAAAGGGCGACCACUGCUGUGUCCGGUGUUGGAGCGUGGAGCGGGGUGCCAGCGCCAUGGGGAAGAGAUAUUUCUGCGACUACUGCGACCGCUCCUUCCAAGACAACCUCCACAACCGCAAGAAGCACCUGAACGGCGUGCAGCACCUCAGAGCCAAGAAAGGCUGGUUCGACCGCUUCCGAGAUGCCGCUGCCAUCUUGGUGGAAGAGCAGAACAAGAGGCCUUGCCGGAAGUUUCUCCAAACAGGCCAGUGCGACUUCGGUUCCAACUGCAGAUUCUCCCACCUGACAGAGCGCGAUUUGGAGAGGCUGAGCGCCCAAGUGCAUGAAGAGAGACGUUCCCGGGAGCAGCAGCUGCAGCAGCUGGAUGGCACGGACGGGCCCGAGGCCGGGAUCGAGGAGUGGCUGGAGAGGCGGGCCUUGCGGCUCAACGCGGCACAGAGCAGCGGGGCUCUGUCGGCGAAAUCCAGCGUGUUCCAGUACCCGCCGGGGUGGCCCCCCAUCCAGGAUUUGCCCCCCUCCUUGCGGGCUCCUCCCCCGGGGGGCUGGGCUCUACAAUCCAGCGCCCAGUGGGGCUGACGCGGGCCGCCGGACCCCACUUCCUAAUAAAGAAUUGAGCAUC